AGCUCCCAUCACUACGAUAAAUAGCCUUGCCUAUCCAUAGUUUUUUUUUUGUAUCCAAACAGUAAAAAUAAGUUUAAUCAGAAGCAUACACACAUAAGUUUAGUUUUUUUUUUCGUUAAGUGUAAAAUUUAUUUAUUUUUUAAGUGCGCGUUUAAUAAGAAAAUGUCAUCGCGAAGAUGGUUCCACCCAACAAUAUCGGGCUUAGAAGCUGAAAAACUAUUACAGGAACAAGGUUACGACGGUUCAUACCUAGCGCGUCUAUCAUCCUCGAAUCCGGGCGCCUUUACACUUUCCGUGCGUCGCGGCAACGAGGUAACACACAUUAAAAUCCAAAAUAAUGGUGAUUUCUUUGAUCUUUAUGGCGGUGAAAAGUUCGCCACAUUGCCGGAGCUGGUACAAUACUACAGUGAGAAUGGGGAGCUGAAGGAGAAGAAUGGCCAGGCCAUUGAGCUGAAGCAUGCGCUCAUCUGUGCCGAGCCCACAACGGAAAGGUAAGUGGAGGAGCAAACCUGAC